AUGCAGCCCAUUGCCCUGUCCCUGUCCCUCCUUGCUUCGGCAGUUGUUGGCGCCCUGGCUGCCGUUCUCAAAAUUGAUGUCACGUUGCCAGUUGAGUGUGACCGCCGCACUCAAAAAGGGGACAAGAUCCAGGUUCACUACCGAGGAACUCUGCAGUCCAAUGGCCAGAAGUUCGAUGCCAGUUAUGACAGAGGAUCACCCUUCAGCUUCUCGCUCGGCAGGGGCCAGGUUAUCAAGGGAACGCUCACCGUGCCACCUGAAUUUGGCUAUGGCCAACGCGGCAUGGGACCGAUUCCUGCCGGCUCAACUCUGGUUUUUGAAACGGAGCUAGUUGCUAUCGCCGGAGUUCCAACCCCCGAGACCAUUGUUACGAAAAGAACUACAGACGACCUGAGCUCGACAUCUAGCGUUUCUGCAGACCAGACGCCCAACAUUGUGGAUAAAAUGGCCAGCAAGGUAGCGGAGGCCGCCGAAGUCGUGAAGACUAUUGUUGUUGACACCGAUGAUGGUCAGGAGCAUAAUGAGCUGUAA